AUGGCUCGAAUAUAUCGCAACCCCACCAGACCUGUUGUUGAAGUCCCCAAACUAGACUUGCUGACUUUGUUAUUUGAGUCGGAGCAUAGCGCGGCACAAGAUGACACGGUUUUGCAUCUCGAGGCUACGAACCCGUCCAACAAGAUAACCAAGAGUGACCUGCGAGAUCUCACCCAACGGAUCGCGCAUGGUCUGCGGCAGCACUAUGGUGUUGGUGCAAACGGGCCGAACAAGGAUGUGGUCACAGUGAUUAGCUACGGUCAGCCCAUGGUCCCCGCUGCGUUCUAUGGCACCAUCGCCGCUGGGGGCGUGUACUCGGCUGCGAGUCCUUCGUCCACGGUCGCGGAUCUGACCCGCCAGAUCACUGUGGGGACGAGUCGCUUGAUCGUAUGUGGCUCCGAGCACAAGGAUGUCGCGACGCAGGCUGCGAAGCAAUGCAACCUGCCCCUAGACCGGGUGUUGGUGCUCGAGUCCGGCCCGUCGUGGAGUCUGAAAAGUCUGGAUGGCAAAGUCAAUGUCAUCUCGAAUGAGAAACUCAAGUGGGCCCGCAUCACGGACCCGCUAGCGUUGACAAAGAGCCUCAUCGUGAUUUUGUGGUCGUCCGGCACAACUGGUCUCCCGAAGGGUGUGAUGCUGUCCCAUGAGAACUUGGUGCAAGAGUUGUAUCUCAUAUCCCUUCCGGGAAGAGAAUGGGCGGCGAAGCAGAUUGAGGCCGGAAAAGAACUUAAGCCAUACCGGACCCUCGCACACCUCCCCAUCAACCACAUCGCCGGACUAUUCGGAUAUCUCGUUGCACCGUUCUAUUCUGGAGGUUUGGUGGUGUGGAUGCGCAAGUACGAGUGGUCCCAGAUGUUGCGGUUCGUAAAAGAUUACGAGAUCACGGCCUUCUACACAGUCCCGUCAAUAUACUUGCGCAUAUCCAAGUCACCUGAGGUGAAGGAUCAUUUCAAAUCAGUCGACGCGGCUUCGACAGGAGCAGCUCCGAUGGAUGAAGACCUUCAAAAGGCUGCGAACUCCAAACUCGGCCAAGGGGAGACGUUCAUAGGUCAGACCUGGGGAUUGAGUGAGACUACCGGAGCAGUGACCAUGAUGCCGCGGGGUGAGAGUGACACGACAGGAAGCAUAUCGCCUAUUCUGCCAAAUGUGGAGAUAAGAAUGGUCGACGACAACUUCAAUGAUGUAGAGCCGGGUCAAGAAGGCGAACUGCUGGUCCGAAGUCCACUCGUCACGCAAGGCUAUUUCAACAACCCUCAAGCGACGAAGGAAGCUUUUCAUGACGGUUGGUUCUGUACGGGCGAUAUCGGAGUCCUGCGGAAUGGCAAGUUUUACAUCGUGGACAGGAAGAAGGAACUCCUCAAGUACAAGGGUCUGCAAGUCGCGCCUGCUGAAAUCGAGAAUCUGCUCUUCACACACCCUAAAAUCCAGGAAGCAGCCGUUGUGGGCGUGAAUCUGCCAGACGAUCCGGGCACUGACCUCCCGCGAGCAUAUGUUGUCGCUGAUCCCGCCCAGGUUUCCGAACAGGAGAUCAAGGACUUUGUGAAAGAACGCCUAGCUCCCUACAAGCAGCUGAGGGGAGGCGUGGUCUUCGUGGAUGAAUUGCCCAAGAAUGCAAUUGGCAAAUUUCUUCGAAGGGAAUUGAGAGACCGAGCAAAGAGGGAGCUGGGUCUGACCAAGACUUCCAAACUGUGA